CCUAACACCAGUGUAAUCUUGCUUUUAAUCCAAGUGGGCAGUUUUCAUGGCUGCAUUUAGGAAAACAUGCACAAUCCCACUUGCAACCCACAAUUUAUCCCAUGUAAUUCCCACAUAGAGUUUGAAGAUGGAACCUAGGUAGGUUUUGUGUAAGUUUCAUAGUUGGGCCCCACCUAAAACCCAAAAUCCUAAAUAAAACACACAUUGGUAAAUUGCAUGGGGCCAACAUGGAACCUGUGGACAAAACCAUGUACAACCCAUAUUUAGAUGGGUUUUGCAUUUGAUCCCUAGUUGGGCCCCACCUAAAGCCCAGUGAAAUACAUAAAACCCUUUUACCUUUUAUGAGCAUUUUUUUUUUACCUUUAUUAAGACAUUUUAGACUUUUGCCAAACAAAUAAAAUCAUUAUCAACAAAAUUCAUAUUUUCAGUGCAGAGAAAGCACAGACAGAUAUAUUACCCACUGUUUAAUGCAGGACAUGAAUGCAUUAAAUGCAUAAAUAAUGUUUUGAUAUUUUAAUCCUAAGCCGUUGAAUGCUGAUAUCUGAAAUUAUUUUAAAAAAAAUAGUAAGGGACUUUACAUUUGAAAUUAAACCCGCCAGUAGGUGGCAGUAAGUCACUAUUAAUAAGUAAGUCAUUGCGAUUGAACCGAGUCAUUCAAACGGUUGAUGGGGGUUGGGUCCCAUAAUGCUUAUGAGAGGUCCGGGUCCUUUCACAUGUUGCCCAGUUGGGUCCCACCUUGUGAAUAUGUCUAUGAAAGAUUUUUACUGUAGCCUAUAAAAGAGAAUCACAAUACUGAUAAAGCAUAUUCAGAUUUUAAAUUAGAUAGCAGGCUGCAAACGCGUAGCAAAAUGAAUUCUGCUUCUGCGCUGCAGAAGGAGUAUGGUAAGUGUGAACCUGGAUCUUCAGGCGUUGUCAUCUCGUAACUCUAAUUAUUACAACAAGAUGCAGCAUCUUAAUCAAACACACCGGAACAACCUAAUCAGCGUCUCUAAGAUUAUUGGCACCUAGAAAGCUGGAGGCAGGUGGGUUUUUAAUCAGGAUUGGAGUUGCGCCAGGUCGCGUUGGAUAGUUAAAACGUUCAAAAAACGAUUUUAAAACCAUCCUGAUCCACCAAUUCAGCGCAUUUUCCGGAGUCUAUUGUGAGAUCGUAGGUUGAGAAGAUGAUACGUCCAGUGUGCUGCUCGUUGAUUGUUGUUCUAUUGUGUCUGUCUGUAUGCUUGAGCACAACAAACGUUGAAGAUCCAGACACAGUCAAAAGACCCAUUGAUUUGUUACCAGCAGAACCAGAAAAGCCAGGAGUAUGUCCUACAAAUGAUCUUGGAGCAGCAACGUUAGGAGUGUGUGCAGAGCCAUGUUCCCUUGACAGUGACUGUCCAAAUGAUGAGAAAUGCUGCAGCAAUGGAUGUGGACAUCAGUGUAUUUCUCCUUCUACAUAUGAAAAGCCUGGACCGUGUCCAAAAAACCUUGGCAUAGGACUGUGUGUUGAGUCAUGUUCCCAUGACGAUGACUGUCCAAACAAUCAGAAAUGCUGCAGCAAUGGAUGUGGACAUGAGUGUAUGGCUCCAUAUAAAGCACAACCAGAAAAGCCAGGUGUGUGUCGUAUAAUCAAUGUUGAAGAAGCAAUGUUAGGAGUAUGUGCUGAGAUGUGUUCGCAUGAUGGUGACUGUCCAAACGAUCAGAAAUGCUGCAGCAAUGGAUGUGGACAUGAGUGUAUGGCUCCAUAUAAAGCAGAACCAGAAAAGCCAGGAGCGUGUCCUACAAUAAAUUUUGAAAAAGCAAAGUUAGGAGUGUGUGCUGAGAUGUGUUCCCAUGAUGGUGACUGUCCAAACGAUCGGAAGUGCUGCAGCAAUGGAUGUGGACAUCAGUGUAUGGCUCCAUAUAAAGAAAAGCCAGGAGUGUGUCCAAGGAGAGUUAUUGGUGUAAGACUGUGUGAAGAGUUGUGUGCCCAUGACACUGAUUGUCCAGAUGAUGAGAAAUGCUGCAGCACUAAAUGUGGACGUGAAUGUACACCUCCAUUUAAAGGUUGGUGUGACUAAACUGUAAGAAAAAAAAUAAACACAUUGCAGCCAGCUGAGAUGAUGGCCCAGGAGGCUGGAGGAGAUGGUCAGCUACACACUGAAGGCUGGAGGAGAUAGUCGACUUCACAAGACACCACUCGAUGCCACAAACUGAAUGUAACUUGUGUAUACACAGAAGAAACUGACUGCUUUUCAUGUCAGACAUAAGGGAAAUUCUCACUUCAUUUUAAAUACUUCUGUUAACUUCAUGCACCUCAGGCUGAAUCUGCCUGCACAAACACUGUUUUAUGCAACUGUUACAGGCACAAAAUUAUCCUUCAUUAGUUCGUGGUGUCCUUUGGACACAGUAUAGCAAGGAUAGACUGCUUUGAGAUUUUCACAGAGAAACCAUUCAGUGUAAAAGUGUGUGACAGAAAGUGUUCUACCUACAAACUAUUAAUUAUUUGACAUCAUCUAUCACUUAUAACAAUCCAUGUAGAAAGGGUCAUCAGAAAUGUUUGGCAGAAGCAUUAAAUCAUCAUCACAUUAUUAUUAAUGUUAUUUUUAUUAUUAUUCAACUUUCUUUGUAGUACUUGCACUGUGUCCACUUAGCAGUAUGAUGUUCAUCAUGCUUGUCACAUCUUCUGUUAUGCAUUUUUAAGCUGAUUUUAUAACACAGUUUUGCA